UACAUCAACAUGGCGGCCAUGGGCAAGGUGUGCGCACAUCUCUCCUUGCUUCUGACGGUAGCAGUUCAUUCUGCGACAGAACCCAAAAGAAACUUCAAGGAAGAGGAAACACUCCUGACGGUUGUCAAGACGAUGACGUGGGCAAGUGGAGGUGUCGUCAUCAUCGUCAUCGUGGCAGCUGUUUGCAUCGUUAGAAGGAGGAGCGGGAUGCCACGAGGCCAACCUACCCAGGCUCAGACAAGCAGUUGUGUAGGAUCAAACCUUUCACCAGCUGACCCCGACACCGAUAAAGACACAGGAUCUUCCCUUGAAGUUCCAUAUGACCAUCUUUGUUACCAUGGCGACGCUGAAAUCAAUAGAACCUCUGACAAAAACUUAUACGACCACCUGUGCCAGCAAGAAGGACAAGAGAACAACAGUUCAUAAUUCUCUCAACCAUACUAUUGUAGAAAAUCUUAUAAGACAAAGCUUUCUACAGUUGUAAAAAUUAUUAUGCGAGCAGUAAAAAUGCAAUUAUUAAAACGUUUGUUUGUUACUUCUAAACAAAAAACAAUUUGAAAAGUUUUCUUUACAAAGCAAAAUUUUUAUUGGUUGAAUUAUCUAUCACAAAAAUGUUGAUUAUAAAAAUUGACACAGUUAUAACUAUGGAAAUGUUGCUCCAUUAAUAUCGAAUAGGUAGCGAACACAUAAAAACAAAUGUGGCCACAAACUGCGUUGACUAAAACAGACUGGAAUGUUCUAACUUGCGUUUAUAGACCGAGAAUUAUAAGAAUAUUUUCUUUCAUAAUAAUGUGCUAUUGUUUUGACUAUUGAUUUCUAUCCAUUAAAAAAUACAUAAAUAUUCAAUUUUCCUAAUAUUGUUAUUUAUUAUUUAAGAGAUAAAGAUAAAGAAGGAAAAGCAUCUAGAAACAGAGCGAUACAGAGAAAAAGUAGAGAAAGAGAAAAAAGUUUUUUUUUGGGUUGAGCUAGCAACAAUGAGACGGUAUUACAGCAAAACAAUUCUCACUCACAACAUGUACAGCAUUUCAAGAACACUAAGUCCUCUCUUAUGGAGAGAGCUGGAAACAGCGAGAAUUGAUGCAGCAAAAAGAUUUCUCUUUCUCUCUCUCUCUUUUUUUUUUUUUUUGCUACUUGCGAUACACGAUUUGUGCGUGAUCAAACGUCUGUAAUUUAAAAUAAGGAUCUCUAUGGCUUUAAUAAAUAAAUAAAUAAAUAAAUAAAUAAAUAAAUAAAUAAAUAAAUAGCAAACCACGGCUGAUCUCAAUAACUCUUCUAUCUAGGAAAAGCAGAAUUCCUAGUUGUUAGAAAACUGGAGUCUGAACCUGCUUCAAUACCUGGCUCGAUACCUGGAUUAGUCAAAGCAAUCGUCUCCAGCCACCCAACAGGUUUCUGAUUACUUUGGACAAUGAUUCCUUACUUUGCACUGUACUUGUAUUAAAGUAUCAGGCAUCCAACUAAAUAUGCAAGUGGUCCCGAGGUCUCAAACCCAAUGGAUGACUUUAUCCUUACAGCAAAAUGUGGAACUGCUUUCUCUACGUGACCAAAACGGACAUAGACUGUUUUCACUGAAUUUAUAAUCUAAUAAUAACAGACGACUUAAAAAAAAAGAAACUAACCUUGGUAAUCGUCGGUGUUUCCUUCGGUUUCAACCACUGAUUUUUUAAAAAUAAUUUUAUUUGAUACUUCCU